AUGGGUGUGCUCAAGGACUACGAGUACGAAAUAAAACUCAAGCCCGGCGCCGUGGGUGUCGUCGUACCAGCUCGAAGGGUGCCCGUGGCCCUGGAGGACAAGACUAGAGCGGAACACAACCUCCGACUUAACCCCAAGAAGAGUGCGUCGCUGCAGCCGGAGGUCCGGCAUCUGGGACACAUACUCACUACAGAAGGCCUACGCCUUGAUCCGGAGAGGGUACAAGACAUACUUGGAAUACCGGAACCGAAGAACAAGAAAGAACUGCAGCCGCGGGAAUAUGCGCUAACAGUUGGCCUGACAAGAAGCACGAGGUUCCAGAAGCCAUCCGCCCAUACUGGUCUUAUCAGGAGGAGAUACACGCACAAGACGGCCUUCUAUUUCGCAGCAACAAGAUCUGUUUGGAAAUCCCCUGUGCAGAGACUGAUGGGAAGACAGACGAGAACCCUGCUGCCCGUACCCUCAAGCCACCUGGUGCCCGAAACUGUGCCCAACCGAGCCGUCCAUAACCGUCUCCAGGAAAUCCGCCAACGCCAGAGGAUCUACCACAAUCGCCGAUCCAGGCACCUGCCACCUCUAUCACCUGGCCAGAGGGUGACUACAUACGAUACCCAUGAAAAGACUUGGACACCUGCGGUCGUUCUAAGGCCAGCUGAGACGCCGCGCUCCGUGGUGGUGAAGACGGAAGAGGGCCAGGAAAUUAGACGCACGCGCGAGCAUCUGCGAGACGCACCUACAUAUCUCGAAGAAAGACCUCGUGACGGAUCCGAACUACUUGACGACGCCCAGCCCGCUCAAGAGUUGCGGAGAAGCACAAGGCCACGCCGGGAGCCCUGCCGCUACCCACAACCAGAAAGACCAGUGUAA